UGAAUGAAUACGUCUUUCAUUGAGGAAAUGGUUGGCACUUGGGCAGUCAUGGUGGUGCCGUCAAUGGUGCCAUUGAGGUGAUAAUAGCACUAUUGAGGGGGUCCCACUGUUAUGGCACACACCAGGGUAUGAUAAUUCCUAUCUCUCCAAUCCUGUUUCUCCGCUUAAUGCCUGUCUUCUUUAUUAUACACCCUCAUAAUAAAGACAGCGAUAAUGAGGACAUUUUACUUUAUUAUAUAAUUUCAGUAGCUAGUUAUAGGAAAAUGUGAUAAUAUCAUUUUAUUGGCCAGUGUCAAAUUAAGUAAAUACUCAUAAUAAUAUAGCUUUUGAGUUAUAUUUGAUAUAUAUAUGGAUUUACUGAGUAGUUUUUCAUAGUGUAUAAUAUGGUAAUUGGGGGAUUAAUGCUUUUUGGGGGUAAAAUAACGAAAAAAUAGUGAAACGAUAGUUUGGGCGCCAGAGACGAUUGUCAAGAUGGCCGCCAACAACAACAAACUCAGCUGACUCAGUCAUAACUCCCUCUAUUUUCACCUAAUUAUUUCACCUCAGCGUCCUUGUCUCAGCUCAAUUUAGGUGAAUUAUCACCCUGGAACACCUCAGGGUUGCUGAGAGUCACCUAGAGGCGCCAUAUAUAUCCAAUUCGUCUCGUAAUUCAGUGAAAUCCGCGAUUUUUUAACACCAUUUAACCAUGUCUUCAAACUCGGCCUGGACGGGGGCGCGGCUGCACAUCAAUGAGUCAGAGCUGAUGUGCCGUACGGGUUGCGGAUACUAUGGGAACCCGGCCUGGGACGGCCACUGCUCCAAAUGCUACAAAGAAAUGGUCCAGAAAACACAACAACGUAAAACCGUCUUCGACCCCACACAAAAAAUACGCAACAAGGUGAGUCGUUCGGUGAGCGAUGUGUCAGAACUCACCUCCACCGCUACCUCCAUGAUGAGUCGCAAGUUCGACCGCUUCGAGGAGAAGCGGCGGCAGCAGCUCGACAAGCGGACCAAGGCGGUCAAGUCCAUCUUCCGCAAGUCGCAGAGCAAAGACGUCAACAAAGUGGAACACCCUAAGCCAAACCGACAACUCAGCAUCGAAUCGCAGUGUGUCGGACAAGAGUUUAAUGACUUUCUGAAGACUCUGAGCAAGGACGUGCAAGUGCGUGUGAGCAAGCAGAUCAACAUGUUCGUGGACAAGAUGCUGCGGUGCGUGGAGUUCCAGUCUGUGGACGAGUCCGGCGAGCAGGUCCACGACUUCUACAACACCAUGAACGAAAUGGUCUCAAUGCAGAGCGCCUAUCAUGACUUAACUCAAGAACAAGUGGACAAGAUCAAUGAGCUGACCGAGCGCUAUGUGACGACACGACUCUACAAAGCGCUUAUCAGCGCCGUAAAUGCCGUCAACGAGGAGAAGGAUCUGGCCAUUCAAAACAGAAUCCGGAGUUUGGCAUGGGUGAGCAGUCAGCACCUGGAGUGCGGAGUUAAGGACUCCUGUGAAGAAGUAAGAGAAACAUUGGACCUGGUUAUAACUGAGUUGAUAGAAAUGAACAGCAGGCGCGUUCCGUCCGACAAAUUGAAGUGCCUGGUGUCUUCCAGCCACCACGUGCUCAAUCUGCUGAAGCAGUCGAGGGGUGGCUCCCCAGCCUCGGCGGACGACUUCCUGCCAGCACUCAUCUACUGCGUGCUGCAGGCCAGUCCACCGCUCCUCCACAGUAACAUUGCUUACAUCACAAACUUUGCGCAGCAAAGCAGUCUCCAGAGUGGAGAGGCCGGCUAUUUCUUCACCAACCUGUGCUGUGCGGUCGCCUUCAUUGAGAAGAUGACAGCAGAGAGUCUGGGAUUGACGGCAGACGAAUUCGAGCGCUACAUGUCGGGCGUGGCACUGCCGCCCAACGCCCUGGACGGCGGUGUCUGGUUGUGUGAGGGGAUGCGGAUAAUGCAACAGAACCUGAAGACUCUGGAUGACCUCCAGUCACGCAUGGAUCGCCUUCUGACUGAGUCGGAUGCUCUUAUGAAGGAGAUGGAUGAUGUCCAGGAGAAUGUGAGUAAAGAGGUAGCUGGCGUUAUUGAGCGGACACCUCUGACCAUCCGCCCACGGAAAGCGGAUAUCGACGAGGAAGUUCCGGCGUCGGAGCUGUUGCCGCCGCCCCUGACGCCGCAGACGAUGGAAAGUGGAAAGCCGCAAGUUGCUGAUGGAAACAAUCAGGUAGAAGAUGCCAGCCUGAGUGCUCCUCCAACCUUGGAAGUCCCUCUCAGCCCAGACAUAUUGGCUGCCCAGCAGAGUCUGUCAUUCCUGCAGGGACUGUCAGCACUGGACUCUGGGCUGCUGUCAUCUUUAGACAGUAAUGAUAAAGGCAGCGAGCAAGGCACUGCCAGCAUAGAAGCGCCAAAACCCGAAGAAAAUAAGACCCUCCUGGAUGAUUCCCCACCCUUCAACUUGUCAUCUCUGCCUGAUCUGUUAGAUUCAUUCAGUCCGCUGGAAGGUGAUGGAUCAAAGAGGAGCCCUGUGCACGUUCCGCCGGCCCUCGACUCGACAGUGUCACUCACAAAUCCCUUCAUCCAGCCUAGCAGUUCGACAGCGCCACCUCCAUUACCCCCCAGACAUCACGUCGGCCAACCACCCAUCGUCACUCGGGCUAGUGGCGCUGCAUCGACCCGUGAUACAGCCCACACGUCUCGACCACCUCCCCGUCCCUGCCCUCAAUCAUACUCUGGGUUCACCAUCCAGGGCGGUCGAAUCCCCAGCAUUCCGUGCGACACUGGCAACAUGCACCUGUUCUCCACUCCACCUGAUCCACUCUCGCCUCCGCUGGAAGGCCCCCAGCUCCCCCUUCCGCCACCUCUCCUCCCCACAACCUCCAGGACGGACAACAGGAGCUGCACAUCUUCUGGAGACAGUACGCCAAGACCGUCAGAGAAGCCACUAAAGAGGGAAGACACCAUUGACAAGGUAUAUAAUGUUUUAGGGGAUAUUGUGCAGACAUUUGAUAGUCUACUCUGAAUACUAUUCACAACUAUCCUGUAAAUAUUUGAUAGUGUCCUCUGAAUACUAUCCAAAAGUAUCCUUCAGAUAUUUGAUAGUGUCUGAAUACUAUUCCAAACUAUGGUGCAAACAGUUGAUAGUCUCCUCUGAAUACUGUUCAAAAUUAUCCUGCAAACACCUGAUAGUCACCUCUGAAUACUAUUCCAAACUACGUCAUUUAAUAUUUUCACUGUUUCAGCUUCCUGUACUGUAGAUAUAUUGAUGUUCACAUUUUAUAAUGAAUUUUUUAGGUGUUCAUUGUGAUUUAAAUAAGUUAUUAAUAUAUCUAUCUAUGCAUAGGGUCAAUUCUGUUAUGAAGCUCCACUAUGUAGCACAAACGGGAUUGCAAGGGUUAAUUCAUAAUUGAAUAUCACGUGAUGUGUAGGCCUAUCCGGUCAUUACUUAGAUUUGGAGUAUACUUGGAGGGUGUUUUGGGGAUCAACGCCCCCGUGGCCCAGUUAAUGACCAGGCCUCGUGGUGGAUCAAGCCCUGAUCAAUCAGGUUGUCACUACUGGCUGCACGUAAACCGACAUAGGAACCACAGCCCGGCUGAUCAGGUACUGAUUUUGCAUCUGUCCAGCUCCCUCUUGAAGGCAACCAGGGGUCUAUUUAUAGAGGAACUUUAUAAAAGAACUGACUGUAUAUAAAGGAGCUUUAUUAGAGUAUUGUGUACCAUUAUCCACAUUCUGCAACAGGGUGGUGUGUGGAGUCUCCUAACUCGAAAAAAAAAAUCCUGGGUCAUCUUUUUGUCUUGAUUCGUCAAAAUAGAGAUUACAGCAAACACAACAUAUACACACUGAGAGAUAUACGUCCACCAUGUGUAUUGCUGCUCUAGGUGCAUACACUUCUAGUGAGAUAUACUUAGUAUGUUAUGCAGUGUUAGUGAACCUGGUAAAAAAAUGACUUUUUGUAUUGAUAUAUUGUAUACCAAAGAAUUUUGCUAACUGGUUUAGUGUUAUGAGAGAGAUGAGGCUACUGGGGUUGGUAUUAUGAGUUGAAUUCUGCAGUGUUGCGUGAGUGAUGAGGCUACUGGAGUUGGUGUUAUGAGUUGGGUUCUGUAGUGUUGAGUGUUGUGUGAGUGAUGAGGUUACUGGAGUUGGUGUUAUGAGUUGGGUUCUGUAGUGUUGCGUGAGUGAUGAGGCUACUGGAGUUGGUGUUAUGAGUUGGGUUCUGUAGUGUUGAGUGUUGUGUGAGUGAUGAGGUUACUUGAGUUCUAUGGUGUCUAAUAUUAUGCGAGCGAUGAGAUUACCGAUGUCAUUGUAUUGCGAGUCAGGUUCUGUGAGCAGGUAAUUUAACAGUGGCUAGUUACUGACCGCAAAACUUCUUUCUUGAAAGCUUCUUAGUUUUUAGAGCAUAUAUUUACUGGGUAAUGAAAAAAAAAGUCUCAUAUAGCUUUUAAAUAAUUCCAAUUCUUCCGUGUUACAAUUAUUGUAAGUUGGUUAGCGAGAUGUUAAUCUAUAGUUUUUAACAGUGCUAAAGUCUGUCAAAAAUGUGAAAAUGUUUAGAGAAAUGAAAUUAAUGUUGAAGAAUGACACACUCGUGCAGCAUUUUCGAGUUUUUAUUGAGGAAAUGUUUUGUCCGCCAGUGACUUCUUCAGUUUAAUAUAGAAAAGAAUGGUGGAAAAAAAGGACUUUGAGGGAAUCAGUCCCUCAGCCUGGAGUUGAUGUGUUCCGUCCAUCAAUCUUCAGAAAAGAUCGAUGGAUUGAGCACAUAACUACAAGCUGAAGGACUGAUUACCUCAAAGUCCUCCUCAUCUUCCACUAUUCUCUGCAUUGGACUGAAGAAGCGACUGGCUGGUGAAAUGUUUCCUCACUAAACAUUCCGAAAUGUUGCACAAUAUCUUAAUCUUUAACAUUUCAUGAUUUUGUAAUCCUGUAACAUUUCUUUUCUAGUCUGAGAUUGGGCACUGGGGAAGUUAAUAUUACCAGAACUAUUAACAUGUUACAACCUAGGAAACCUGGUAUGAGAGUGGGGUGUCGGGAAAUUUAAAUUUUUAGCACUGCAAGAGUAAGUCGGUCACGACUCACGAAAUCAUAAUAACAUGAUUGCACUGGCCUAGAGUUUUACAACUCACUUGCCAUGAUUUCUAACCCCGCCUAUACCAUAGUUGAUAAGUACCAGUUUUUUUUUUUUUUUUUUUUUGCCAAAAAUAUAAAAAAAUCCUGGCAUGGAUCUAAUAUGGUGAGCUACUUGGUGUGGCUUGUGGUCACAUGACCCAGGUCUUCAUCAGUUUGACCAGUCGAUCUUGUCGAAACUUCAAGAUCUCAUUGUAGGAUAUGCCUGGAGGUUGUUGUGGGGGUCAAUGCCCCCCACAACCUGGUCCAUGACCAAACCUCUCAAAUUUUCCACGUGUAAAAUAAUCGCUCCGAGGACAUCACACUUAACCCUCUCAUCAUCUGGCUUUGUAUUUAUAUUUUUAUUAAUAUUUUGGCAAGAUUUCCAUAGUUUAUUUUUUCUUUAUAUUUAUUUGUAUUUUUGACAUUGUCAUAGUUUAUCUUUAUUUAUCAACUUGCUAUAACCUGAUUCUUGUAUCAUGAUGACUCAAGAAAUCGUAAUGACACGAUUGCAAACAAACCAUACCCCUGGGCUGGAGUUUUGAGACUAUGACCGCGGGUUCAAUCCCGGCCGGGGGUAUGGUUUGUAUCAUGAUGUCAGUUCACUUGGAAUCUCUGUCACUACAAUUUUUACUUUUCUUAAUUGUUAUAUAGUAGAACCCCUGUAUCCACUGAUUCAGUAUCCGCAGUUUCAGUUAUCUACAGUUAACUCUGGCCCAAAAAUAACUAAUUUUGCAUAAUAAUGGCCCCAGAGCACAAAAGUAGAGAAGUUGGCAGCUCUUCCAAGCCUAAGAGAAGCUGUGAAGUGCUUCCCAUCACUGAAAACGUGAAAAUUCACUACUUAUUGUGCAUAAUUUAUCAAACUUUUUAACAAGUAUGUAUAGGACUUAUACGUAGAGUUUCCUACUAUCCACGGCCUUGGUGUCCACGCCAGGUCCUUGGAACUUAUUCCCCGUGGAUACGAGGGGUCCUACUGUAUAUUAAUAAUCCUGUAGCUACAGAUAGGUAAUUAAAAAUUCAUAAUUACAGAGCAGGUAAUUAUACCAAGAGAUUCUUGUAAUGUUAAGUAUACACAAAUUUUAUAUGCCAUACAGUCUUCAUAGAAUGUAAGAAAUAACUUAAAUUGUAUAUACAAUACUGUAGCUUUUGUUAAUUUAUUGAAACAACUUAAUGGAAACUGUUCCAGCGCUGUUUGGCCCUUGUGGGCUUAGCGCUUAGUUUUGAGUGUAAUAAUAGUAAUAAUGGACAUUGUUAAAGGCUUGGUGGGCAUUUCUGAUUUGUAUUUCAAAUUUCUUAUAUAAAUCAGUGUUUUGUAAUAUCUUUUGAAACAAGUGAUUUAAUGUAUUAUGUAUCGAUACACGAUAGCGAUGUGAUCUCGAAAAAAAAAUUUACUAGAGGGUAAUGAACAUGAAUGCAGUGGUACCUCGAAUUUCAAACAGCUCCCAACUCGAACAAGUAUGUAAGUGUAUUUUUGUAAGUGCUUUUGUAAAUAUGUUUUUUGGGGUCUGAAAUGGACUUAUCUAAUUUACAUUAUUCCAUAUGGGAACAAAUUCGUUAGGUAACGGCACUCGAACAGCCUUCUGGAACGAAUUUCGGCCAAAAUUCGGGGUACCACUGUAUAUAACACUUUGAACUUUUAUCGAUGAAUUUUGGAUUUUGUAACCAUGGUCAUUUGAAAACCAAAAAAAUUUAAACUAAGACUACCUUGAAACUGUGGCAAUAUCUGUGCAUGAGGCUUGCAGCAAUAUCUGAAGAAUGGUGCAAAUUAUCCAUGAACAACCGUGGCAAUAUUUCUGCAAUUGUAUGAUUGAAAUUAGUUAUUUUUUAAGCGUACGUUUAUUAAAAAUUCCUGUACAUUUAGGUUUUAAUUUCAGAUAUUAUUGAUCUUUCAUAAUGUAGUGAAUAAGAUCUGAAUUUUAUAAGAAUUUUAAUAUAAUAAUGAUUGGUAUUUGUGGAUGACGUAAGUUAUCCUAAGUCUAAUAAUACCUAUGAUUGGUAUCAUAAUGAUUGGUAUUUGUGGAUAAGUAUUAUCUACACAAGGAUAACUUGUUAAAAGGAUAGGUAUUACCUGAGGAAGGAUAACUUGUUAAAAGGAUAGGUAUUAUUUCAGCUAAGAUAACUUGUUAAAAGGAUAGGUAUUACCUGAGGAAGGAUAACUUGUUAAAAGGAUAGGUAUUAUUUCAGCUAAGAUAACUUGUUAAAAGGAUAGGUAUUACCUGAGGAAGGAUAACUUGUAUGUUAAAGCAACAUAAUUGGUAUUUGUGGAUGAUAGUUAUUAGCUAGGAUAACUUACUUUACAGCAACACAAUGAUUGGUAUCAAUGCAAGUGUUACCACUGCUCUGUAUAUUACUAUAUCUGUCAACACAACUAUCCUUAUCUAUGUAAAGUAAAAGGACACAAGUGCAACUAAUGUGACAUUUAUUGUGGCAACGUUUCGCUCUCCAGGAGCUUUAUCAAGCUUUGAUAAAGCUCCUGGAGAGCGAAACGUUGCCACAAUAAAAUGUCACAUUAGUUGCACUUGUGUCCUUUUACUUUACAUAUUGUCGGUAAUUCUACCAACAUUAUUAUAUUCUUAUCUACGAUACUCGAUUUAACAGCAGUGAGGUCAAAGCCAGUUGAUUAGUGUCGUAAUUAACGACGUUGAUUAGUUGGAGAUCAGAAAAUUUUGAUCCCACCAUAAAUCUGACCAGUUUCUUCUGUGAUGGAAAUUUAUAUAUUUUAGAUCUUGUAACUUAUUUCAAGUAUUGUUUUAUUGUAGCUGAUAAGACACACAGGCAACAAUUGUCAACUUUAACUCUUAAACUGUCCAAACGUUGAUUUACGUUUUCAUUGCCAGCGCUCCGAAUAUUGAUUUUUUUUAAUUAAAGAAGAAAGAAUUUUCUGUGUGUAAUAAGACCAAAAAAUUUUUUUAGGAUCUGUACUUACUGAGGUAUAAGACUGAAGUUGGCGCUGUAUGCUCACCUGACGGCAACAUGGAGUCCUACUGCUUGCAGAAGUGUUGCCAAUAUACCUUUUUUCUUGUUUUUAUAUUAAUUUAUAUAAUUUUUAUGUCUGAUAAUUACAAUUUAUAAUAGUU